AUGUGGGGGGCGGGCAUCGCAGCCGAGUUGGCGACCAUUUUCCCAGCAGCAUGUGAAGUCUACAAGACGUUCUGCAACGACGCCAAAGCAGAUGAGUCGGAGCGGUGGCCGCCCCGAUCUCUCGCCGGGCAGUGCCUGAUCAUCCCGCCGCAAGAGUCGGACGUGGCCGCCGGCGCACCGCGGGUGUCCAUUGUGUGCGUCUUCACGAGCUACGGAUAUGGGCGAGCGAAUCCGGCGAAGGGCAAGCCAGGGAAAGACACGGCGGCGACUAUAUUGCGCCAGACAAGGACGUCGCUGGCUGAACUACGGCGACAACUUGACGAGUUGAAGGGCAAGCAACGAAGCAAGGAGGAGCCGAUGAUCAUAUACUCUCCGCGCUUCAACUCGGGUGCCUUCAAAGUGCCCUGGACGCAGACUGAGGCCGUCAUCAAAGAGAAGUUUGAGGGUUGGCAGGGCAAGUGGAUCGUCUUGGAACCUCCAUCAUGA